AUGUUGUCAAAAUGGUCUACGAGUGUAGCCGCUGUUGGCGCUAUUGUUGUCUUCGUUGUACCCUCGAUUGCGGGGGCAACCUUUUCUUCAAGAGCCCAGGAUCAAAACGCCGGUCAGCUUGCUGCAUCCGAUCAGACGUUGGAGUCUCCGUUUCCAUACUACUUCCCUCAGCUAGGGUCUGGCGAUGCCGCGAAUAGCGGCCAGUUCCCAAUGCCAUUAUGCCAUGGCUUCAAGUUGGAGGAGGCGACAAUUGACCAGCUGCAAAACGCAAUGGAUAAAGGCACUUUGAGUUCUGUUAAGAUUGUAAUGUGCUAUCUGCAGAGGAUUUACCAGACCGAUGCCUACUUGAGGUCCAUCAUGGAAGUGAACCCGGACUUCCUUCAAAUUGCCGAAGUUCUUGAUCGCGAGCGUGCUCGAGGCCACGUCCGCGGCAAGCUGCAUGGAAUCCCAUUCAUUGUGAAGGACAACAUCGCUUCGAAAGACAAGAUGGAGACAACGGCAGGGAGCUGGGCGCUCUUGGGUUCUGUCGUCCCAAGAGAUUCACACGUUGUAUCGAGGCUCAGGAGACAGGGCGCGGUUCUGAUGGGCCACGCGACUCUCAGUGAAUGGGCAGACAUGCGAUCUAAUUAUUACUCUGAGGGCUAUUCCGCUCGAGGUGGUCAGUGCAGAAGUCCAUACAACUUGACUGUUAACCCUGGUGGCAGCAGCUCUGGGAGUGGUGCAGCAGUUGCUGCGAAUUUGAUAACCUUUGCGCUUGGUACUGAGACUGAUGGAAGUAUUAUCAAUCCAGGCGAGAGAAAUGCUCUUGUAGGAAUAAAACCCACGGUCGGCCUGACGUCUCGAGCUGGGGUCAUCCCGAUAAGCCACAACCAGGACACUGUAGGCUGUCUCGCCCGCACUGUUCGCGAUGCAACCUACUGUCUUGACGGCAUCUAUGGCCAAGAUCCGCGUGACAAUUAUACCCUCAUCCAAAAGGCUCCAGCCGACGGAUUUGCUCAAUAUCUCGCGACGAAAAAGGCACUCAAAGGUGCCGUGUUUGGCCUUCCAUGGCUUAGCUUCUGGCAACAUGCUAGUGCAAACCAGCAGCAGCAACUUUUAGAGGUCGUUAAUCUCAUCAAAUUCGCUGGGGCCACUAUAAUCAAUGGGACCGAGCUUCCAAACUACGCAACCAUUGUCAGCCCAGAUGGCUGGGACUGGGACUAUGGCACAACACGAGGAUACCCCAAUGAGUCAGAAUACACGUAUGUAAAGGCGGAUUUUUACAACGACAUCAAGGCAUAUCUUGCCGAUCUUGGAAACACCGACAUGAAGAGCCUCGAAGACAUUGUCAAGUUCAACAAUGAGAGCGGGGAGGAAGGUGGACUUCCAAACCAGCAUCCUGCAUUCGAGUCCGGUCAGGAUAGUUUCGAUGCGUCUCUCGCAUCGAAGGGCAUAAUGGACGAGACCUACUGGCAAGCUCUGAACUUUUGCCGUAAAUCGACACGGGAGGACGGCAUCGACGCAGCUCUCCACCAUAAUGGCAAGAAUCUUACCGCGCUCCUCGUCCCACCAUUUGCUGCGCAGUCGAUUGCCGCUCAGGCCGGUUACCCUGUCAUCACACUCCCCGCUGGCGUGAACCCUGAUACCGGAAUGCCUUUUGGGCUGGGGCUUAUGGGGACGGCAUGGAGCGAGAGCACUCUGAUCCGCUAUGCAAGUGCGAUAGAGGAUUUGCAGCUCACGAGUAAGACACAAUAUAAGAGGACCAGCCCAAGGUAUUUUGGCUACCGCGAAAAGAACAUCCCUGUAAAUAACGUCUAA